UUGCAGUGUAUACCCAGAAUUCCCAGUGAUGACUCAGAGGAGUUCAGAGCAUGAUUUGAAGCUGUGGGAGGGGUGCAGCGGGCCCCCUUCCCCUCCUGCGCCCUUCUCCUCCCUCUCCUCACCCUUGAGCCCGGACACCCCUGACCCCGGCCGCCGGCUCUCAGGCAGCUGCUUUUUCAGACGUAUGCGCCUCAACCGCAGCAUCACGGAACACUGGCGCUCCCACAGUCACAGCUACAGUUUUGAUGGAGAGAAUGGGCCGUCUCCUGGCCGCAGUCCGAUGGAUUCGCAGGCGAGUCCUGGGCUGGUGCUGCAUCCCUCCUUCCCUCAGAGCGGCCGGCGCGAGUCGUUCCUCUACCGCUCCGACUCCGACUACGACAUGUCCCCCAAGACCAUGUCCCGCAACUCCUCUGUCAACAGUGAGGGUCAUGCGGAGGAUCUCAUAGUCACCCCUUUUGCUCAGGUGUUGGCCAGUCUCCGAACUGUCAGAAGCAACUUCACCAUUCUCGCUAAUGUCACGACUCCCACCAACAAGAGGUCGCCAGUGACAAGCCAACCCACCGUUCCCCCAGCAACGCUCUCUGAGGAAACAUACCAGCAGCUGGCACGGGAGACCCUAGAGGAGCUAGACUGGUGUUUAGACCAGCUGGAGACCAUCCAGACGCACCGCUCGGUCAGCGAGAUGGCCUCCAACAAAUUUAAGAGAAUGCUGAACAGGGAGCUGUCUCAUCUGUCUGAGAUGAGCCGUUCGGGGAACCAGGUGUCUGAGUACAUCUCAACUACCUUCCUAGACAAGCAGAACGAAGUGGAGAUCCCAUCUCCAACACUGCGGGAGCGUGAGAAGCCCAUGUGCCAUAUCAGCGGCGUGAAGAAGCUGACGCAUAGUUCCAGCCUGACCAGUGCCGCCCUGCCACGUUUCGGCAUCAAGACCGAGCAAGAGGAUGCACUGGCUAGGGAGCUAAAUGACUUGAAUAAGUGGGGCCUUAAUAUCUUCCGCGUGGCUGAGUUUUCCAAUAACAGACCUCUGAGCUGCAUAAUGUUCGCCAUCUUCCAGGAAAGGGAUCUGUUCAAGACAUUUCGUAUCCCUAUGGACACAUUCAUUACCUAUGUGAUGACGCUAGAGGAUCACUACCACGCCAAUGUGGCUUACCAUAACAGCCUGCAUGCAGCUGAUGUUACACAGUCAACGCAUGUGCUGCUGUCCACACCGGCACUGGAUGCUGUCUUCACUGACCUGGAAAUACUGGCCGCAUUGUUUGCUGCUGCCAUCCAUGAUGUGGACCAUCCUGGGGUCUCCAACCAGUUCCUCAUCAAUACCAAUUCGGAGCUGGCUCUGAUGUACAAUGACGAGUCUGUUCUGGAGAACCACCAUUUGGCGGUAGGCUUCAAACUGCUCCAUGAGGAGAACUGUGACAUCUUUCAGAACCUGACCAAGAGGCAACGACAGAGCCUCCGCAAGCUGGUCAUUGACAUGGUGCUGGCAACAGACAUGUCAAAGCAUAUGAGUUUGCUCGCAGACCUAAAGACAAUGGUGGAGACCAAGAAAGUGACCAGCUCAGGAGUACUACUGCUUGAUCACUACACAGACCGUAUACAGGUUCUGCGAAACAUGGUGCACUGUGCUGACCUCAGCAAUCCCACCAAGCCUCUGGCAGUGUACAGGCAGUGGACGGAACGCAUCAUGGAGGAGUUCUUCAGGCAGGGAGACAAGGAGCGUGAGCGUGGGAUGGAGAUCAGCCCAAUGUGCGACAAACACACUGCAUCUGUGGAGAAAAGUCAGGUGGGCUUUAUCGACUACAUUGUUCACCCCCUGUGGGAGACCUGGGGUGACCUGGUGCACCCCGAUGCUCAGGACAUCCUGGAUACCCUGGAGGACAACAGGGACUGGUACCAGAGCACCAUCCCCCAGAGCCCCUCCCCUCCUCCACUACCCGACAAUGAACUAGACUCCUGCAUAGACAAGUUCCAGUUCGAGCUCACUCUGGAAGGGGAGCCAGCCCAAGUAGUGAGACCAAACCACAAUCAUGUCGGAGAUGACGUGCAGGAGAUGCCAGAAGACCAGAAGGAAGGGGCAAAGCUUGGGGCUGGUGGGGAGGAUGGAGGUGGAGAGGAGGUGGCAGUGGAGAGGGUGGGGAGGAGGCGACUGCAGGUUCAGUCGGUGGUGGAAGAGGAGGACGAGGAAAGACAUUCAGACGGAAGUCCUGUGGAGGAAGCAGAGGAUGAAGAGGUAUUAUCCUCUCCUGCCGACGAUACGUGAGGCUUAGCAACUGUCCAGCUCAUCGCAGAGGAGCAUGGAACAUAGAAUAUCCCGUGAGAACUGUCUCUGUCCCUUACCCCUUACCCAUCCUGUCCACUCCCCGGAUCUGAUGGGCAAGCCAUGAACAAAACAAUACUUGUGCACCAACUCAAUAAGACAUUUAAUUUUAUUUUUCAAAAAAAAAGGGAACAAAAUAAUAUUGCUAUCAGAGAAGUAACACAGCAACUGUAGAUUUGGAAUGGGUGCUGGGGCCCUUCCAGAAGAAGGUAAGAGGUUAUGUGAAGGAAAACAAUUUUAGGGGAGUUUAAAAUGGGCCAUUCAGACAGUGUAGCACUCUGGAAUUUCCACAAACGUAUACACAUACAGACACGUGCACACACACACAUAGAUCACAUGCAUACCCAUGCACACCACACUUGCAGGUUAAUCUACCACACCGUACCACACAAUAUCUCUGCACACACCCAGAUGUGUGUCUCUGUAUGUGUUUAUGGGGAGCUCGGAUUCAGAAGGGAUCUCUUUGGAAAAAGCCAUCUCAAAUGGAGUACCAACUAGUAUCCGUGUCAAUAGUGUGAGCAGUUUUUUAACAUAUUCUUAACAGGGACUGAAAUCCUCAGAUAUCGUAUGAUUAGUUCAAUCAGAGUGACUUGUUUUCCAUUUCUGUCGGAAAGAAUACCCUAAGGGCCCCGCUGCAGGAAGACAGGAGCUAAGCAUGGUGCUGAGGAGAGAAUGGAUGCAGACGAAGAGAGAAGGAAGGAGGAGGAAGCGCACAAGGCGGGACCUGCAGCAUGGGUCCCAGCCCCUCUUUUCCCUUUACCAGGAGUGCUACCAGUGCAAGAUGGCCACGUGCCUUUCUGAACCACCAGCUUCAGCUCUGGAGCUGCUGUGAAGCAAUGCAUCGUGGGACAGGAGUGUCUGCUUUUGUCUUCAUUUCUUGAUUGUCACUAGUUACCAGAUCUCGCUCUCUCUCUCUCUCGCUGUCGUGCAUGGUUUGUAUGUAUGUUGGGAGCAUCCAUGUUUUCUCAAUGAAAACCUUCAUUACGUAAAGUCUUCCUUGGUUGUUUCUACACUUGUUGAGUAUUUAGGGGACUUCUGAAUUAAGGGACUCACCAUGGCUGUUGCUCAUGGGCUGAUGUCUCCUGUCACCUUUCAUGCAACUGAGGAUAGUCACUUUUUUGAGAAUAAGCCAUCUGAUGCUUUGGAACUUAUAGUUUUGCCUUCUUAUGAAUUACAGUUCAAGCCGGUCUUGUGAAAACAGUGGAAGUUACAGAAUCAUUUCAGCAGCAGUGCAGACUCACACUGACAGUCUCAUUUUUCACCCACUCACAUGAUGCAGACAUGCUCCAUCUCAACCAAUAAGAUUCUCCAUUGUGUCUUGCCAAAGGAAUGGGUGGGCAGCUAAUAGGUUGGAUGAGGAAAGUGUAUGAAGGACGUGACUGGAGGAGAGGAGGGAGAGUCAGUGGUGUGGACCAAUCAAACUGAGCACAGGGAGUCACAUGCAGCCGUUAUUGAGUUUGAUCCUUUUUGCCUUAACACUGCAGGGUUUUCGUAUUUGUCACUAUGUUGACUGAGAUGCUCAUGAAAGAUCCCAGAAUAUUUGUGUUAUGUCUGUAUAUGUCUGUUUAGAUACUAGGCAACUACAUCUAGAUACCCAUCUAGACACACCGCAUCAUCAUCUGCACACUCCCUGAAACAUUAAUACCAAGGGAGUGUGCCUUGUCAAACACACUCCUUUGCACUCUUCCAUUUAAUCUCACACUAUGGUAAGGAGUGGUACAGAUUAUGAUCAUUGGAGCGCAGCUGUCUUUUCACAAAUGCCAACAAAGGAGUGAGAGGAUCUUUUAUUUAUGAUGUCUUUUAGUUCUGCAGUGAAUCUAGCCAACAAUGAAAUAUUGGCUGGUGUGUGUCUCUGAAUGUAGUACUUGACAGGGCAGUUGAGGGCAGUGGGUAUUUUGUGAGAAAAAUAAUCCUCUAUACAUUUGGUCACAAGCUGGUUUCUGCUGGUCAGUAGCUUAGCUUCAAGUUUGUGCCUGUUUCAAUAGAACCUUGAGUUCACACCAAUACAAACAUGUGGGUGAAUAAGCAAGAUAAUGUAUGUGACCAGAUGAGGUGUGUCUUGGAUACCUGGUGGUAGAGCCGUAGUCUGAGGUUUCUUGAUUGGUCACUAACUGGUGGAUGAGCUGUAGCCCAAGGUUACCUGAUGGUUCGUCUAAUUGGUGGAUGUUAGAGUUGUAACCCAAGGUUACCUACUUGGGCCUUUAAUUGAUGGAUGGUUGAAUUGUAACCCAACGUUACUUGAUCUGGUUGUAAGAACGGAUGCCAUUCCCAUAUGCAUUUGCCUAUCUUACCCUAGAAAAUGCUUUGGUUUGUGGCUUUUCAUUAAUAAUGUAAGCUCUUAAGCAAACAAAUACUAUUUGCCAUUUUAACACGAUACUGUAGCAAUCGUUUCUUAUUAAGAAAUUAUUCAAUUAAUUACUUGCUGCCAUUCUUUUUUGAAUAUCAAAGGGAAAGUGUUUUCUUUGAACAGUUUGUGUACAGUUUUUAUUUUUGUAUCAUGCUGGUUGGUGGUCAUGAUAUCAAAGAACUAAUUACGAGAAAAUAUAAAUAUUAGACUUAUCACUGCUUGUUUUGUAUAUAUUGUAAUGUUGGACUGUAAAUUUGAAAUCACUUGGAAUCAAUCAUUGUCACUGACAACUUAUCACUUUUAGUUGUAAUGAAGCGUAGUUAAAGUGUUGAAUUUGCAAAAGCACCCUGCACACUCUUUCUUCCUGAAGCCUCUCUUCUCCCUCAUCUUUCCCCCAACCUUUUCUUUUUUUCUUCAGGUUUACAGUAAAGAUCCCACCAUCUUGAACUAGUGUAUAUUUGAAUUGUAUUUGAGAAUAGACUAAUCAGUGGUGAAUUCUAAAACUCGUCUGUACCAGCACUUUAUUUUGCUGUAGGUUGUGUGGUGGCUGAAUUAGGUUAAAUGGUGUGUAGGUUCAUGUUUUCGAGGGAUACAGAAACAUUGUUGCACAGGGGAGGCACUCCUUAUGGCUUGGUCCCAAACCUUUUGACCAUACCGGCACUCUCUUCCUGUUGCCUGACAAAGACAAGCUAGUCUGCAUUAAUAAUCCACAUUGCGAUGGCUGACAGUCCUGGGAUUUUAAAUAUUUCAAGUGUUUUUCAAGCAACAGCCUGUGACACUCAGAUUGAUUUGAGGAAGAAUGUGGCUUAACCAGAAAAAGGUUCAUUUGUAAUGAAGUCACUUUCCUCUGAUGAGAAUCCUUUAUGGAAUGACUCUCUGGGCUUUAAUUAAUAUGUUACUUGUUCAUAAAUUAUGAUAAUAUACAGAAAAAAAAAAUAAUAAAUGCCAGAAAAUGAUUGUAAUAUUUGUAAAUUACAUUGCUGUAAGGUGUAUAAUGUGUGCAAGUUAUUUUAUAUUAUAUUAUUUUUAUGAAAGGUUGUCCUCUGAGAGAACUGAGGUGUCAUUUUGUGAAUAAAAUGCAUUUAAUAAGCAAAUGGCUAUAUAUAAACAAAUAUAUAUAUAUAUAUCAGUAUAUUUUUCUUUUCUUUCACUGUUCAGUACUGUAAAGUGUGUUGAAAAUACAAAUAAAGGAUGAUUUUUGUAAUAAAUGUCA